AUGCCGUCACUGGUUGUAUUCGGACGACGUUGGAAUAUUGCAAGCGAUGAUUUUGUUUUUCCGUCGUUAUCCGAAGCAUUGGUUCGAUUGGCUUGGGUAACAACAACAUGCAUAAUAUUUAUGUUAAAGAAAUGGCGCAGUUGUGCCGACCAGCAAUUCCUCAUCUUCAUCUUUUCACUGAUCGGUGUCAACAGCGUAACAGUACUGGUCUGUUUCAUCCUCGCGCUGGCCAGUGCUCGUGGAUCGAUCCUGGAACCACAGAAGCGUCAUCUGGUUGCUAAAAUUUUGUACAUACGCUUGCCGUUGUUUAUUGUUGAAAUUGCUGUCACUGCUGCAGCAACAGUCUUUGCAUUUAGUAAGUUUUUUUUUUUUGUUUUUAAGCUGAAUUACCAUUCUUGCGCUUCACUGUCAUGA